AUGUCAAAGAAGAAGCCCAAGCGAGGCCUAUCUCGCAAAGGCUGUCUCAGUUGCAAAAAGCUAAAGAUCAAGUGUGAUGAGGCUCAGCCGGCGUGUGAGUAUUGCACCCAUACAAACAGACGAUGUGUGUACCCUGAUGCGUUUCAGCGGUUUGAGAAUGGCCUUGUUCCGGAAGAGAUCCAGGAAUUGUACUUAUCUCCUUCCGCAAGCAGCUCGCUGCAAUCGUCUCCAUUCGAAGAUGAAGUCUAUUCAGAGUCGAGACGCCUCACGUUUCAAAUCCUACUAGGAUGCACGGCCACCCAGCUUCAGCUUCUGCGGUUUGAGCUAAGGGUGCUACGAUUCUAUACAGACGUCUGCUUGCCCCAUAUUACGUUUAAUGUAAACAAGCGGCAUGUUUACAUCUGGAAUGAGGUGAUCCCCCAGUACUUUAGUAUAUGCAACCUGAUGAGAAAUGCAAUUCUCGCCACAGGGUGUCUCAGUCUUAUGCCAGUUGUGGGUGUUCAACACGUUCUAGAAGAUAGCAUGGACGAGAAGGCGGUGCAAAAGGUUCUAGAGACGACUUGUGGCAAGUUUGAAGUGCUGCGAAUCUUUGCUGACGAUACGAUGUUUGAAGAUGAGCCAAGAGACAUAAAUCUAUUCAUGAAAGCGACAGAAUUUGUGUCUGAGUCAAUUCGUGCGAGCAAUGAGGCGUUGGCCAAAUUGCAACAGCCAGAUCUUUCGCGUGAGGAACGCUUGCCGCUUGCUGUUGAUGCUGCCCUCUCUAAUGGCUUGCUUUUUGGGUUUUUGGGGCUACAACCGUGGGGAUUGGUGCCUCUUGUGCAUCUUCCACAGACUCACGAAGACAAUAAGACAGACUUACUUCAUGUCGCUCACGGACUCAGAACCAUUGUCCUCGAGCACCACGACGUUCUCCUUUCAUCUGACAUCAGAGACCUAUAUUAUCAGGAUGAACUUAAUCUAGCUCCGAAAAAAAGGGUGAAAAUCGUGGAGGAUCUCAACUAUCAGCUCAAUGAAUAUCUUCAAGGAACAAGUUUUUUUGAUAUCGACGCGGAAACAGCAAAGAUGAUCAAUGCCUUCCACCAUUGUUUACACACUCUUGAAAGAGUAUGUGUUCUUGGCAUGAAGUUCAAUUACCCGGUGAUGCUAUUCCGGUGGCUUUUAUUUGUUAGUCUUGAAAUAAAUGCGUACGUGAGGGCAGAGAAUCCGUUCGCUCUACGCCUUCUUUACGUCUACGCCUGUCUUUGCGUGCAUUACAAGUUCUGGUUAUUCGAGCAGCAUAACCUUUGGCGAGACUUCGUGAGAUUUUACAGAAAACACUACGGCCCGUUGUGUGAGUUUGAUGAGCGAUUGUAUCACUAUGUUAUCUCAAAGAAAAGCUUUGUUCAGAACGACGACUACGUGAGCAUUAAAGACUUUGACGUUUGGUCGCCGGCUUUUGAUUACAAGUAA